CUAAACUCCACCACCUCUUCCUGUCUUGCUUCUUGCCCCGUCCCUUGCUGUCCCUUCCCCUCGAAAGAACACCAUGAUCUCCUCGGCCCUGCGCCUGUCGCCCCUUGUGCGUCCGGUCCUGGUGGCGGCCGCUUUGCGGCCCACCCCUGUGGCCCUCGCCGCCCUGGCUGCUCCGGCCGACGGUGUGCGCUCUUACUCUUCCCUGCGUCAAAUCGACACGCUGAUGAAGAAGGGCAGCUUGCCGGUGCUGAUCCAGCCGCGCAUCCCGGUGCACAAGUCCGCCCUGAGCCCCAUCUACACCAAGAAGGGACUCAUGCAGCGUUACGAGAACAUUCGGAAGUACAUUUCCACCACCUACUUCGUCGCAAAGACCAAGGGCGAGCUCGAGUCUUUCAAGGCUCGGGAAAUUGCCCUGGACACCGAGUCGCAGUAUGUGGCCCUGAACCGGGCCUUCGCCAGCGGCGACACCACCGGCCUCGAGCAGCACCUGACUGCGGACAUGCUGAGCGGGCUCAAGGAGCAGAUCCGUCAGCACCAUGGCCCCCGGCUGGGGCAGAAGUUCCACUUCACCUGGAUCGAUGGUGGCCGGGUGGACCCGCCGCGGAUUGUGUCGCUGAACUACCUCGAGAUUCCCGACUCGGUUGGGACCAAGUUUGCCCAGGCCAUUGUCCGUGUGUCGCGCCUGCAGUCGGUGCUGAAGUCCACGCAGCCGGUGACCCUCGGUCCGGACGGGAAGCCCAUCCUGCCGGACGGCCUGGUGGCCCCGCCGGUGGUCCAUGUGGUGGAUUACCUAGCCAUCGAGUCUUGCCUGACGCAGGACCGCAAGUGGCGCAUCCGGAGCAAGCUCACGGUGUCCGAUGACAUUGAGGUCCUGCCGCAGAGCAGGAAGCGCAACUCGGCCUGAAGCACCAGGCACGCAUCGGCACUCACACAUCCACACGCAUGCACGCGCACACCUCAAGCGCACGGGCACAUUCACACUUUUCUUGCGCCGCCUGUGUGUUCCUUUGCGCCUGCGAGCCCCUCCAUAGACCAAUCUCUCCCCUCUGCUGGGCCUA